UUCAUUAUUGCAAGCUUUUGUGAAGAAUAUUUCAUAGAUAAACAGUAUAAUUAUUUUACAAACAUUUGUAUGUACAUAGUGACAUACAUAUUUUUUUUUAUCAUUUAAUGAGGCAUUUAAAAUAGACACGCGCCUUUCGUGACUAAUACCACAAUAUUUAUAUGAAGAACGAUAAAUCCCCGUUAUUUAUUAAUAAGGUGCCAAAGUUUCGAUAGUACAUGCGUACAUAAAUAAUUACUUCGUACAUAACUUGCUCCUCAGUCCAAUCAGUCAGUCGCAAUGUGGAAGUUGGUGAUAGUUGUUUUGUGUCUAGCACUGGUCGUCGAUGCCGCGCUCGUACGCAUACCGUUAACUAAACCCAGUAAGAAGCGUUCGAUUAAAAAUCAUAGCACACACCUGGCCUUGCUGCGCAGCAAAUACAAUUCGAGUUUCAUAGUAACCAACGAACAAUUGACCAACUACCAGGACGAUCAAUAUUAUGGACCGAUCACCAUUGGUACACCACCACAAACUUUUAAUGUGCUUUUCGAUAGCGGCUCAUCGAACUUAUGGGUACCUGGAGCACCGUGUGCUGCCAACGAUGUCGCUUGCUUAACUCACAAUACCUACAACUCAAGUGCGUCGAGCACUUAUCAAGUGAAUAAUCAAAGUUUCGCUAUACAAUAUGGUACCGGUAAUUUAACGGGUUACUUAGCGGUAGAUACAGUGAAUGUUAGCGGUUUGGUUAUAACAGGACAAACUUUUGCAAUAGCGACAUCAGAACCUGGCAGUACAUUUGUCUAUUCUGAAUUCGAUGGCAUUCUUGGUAUGGCUUAUCAACAGAUUUCGGUUGACAAUGUCAUACCACCAUUCUACAAUAUGUACACACAAAAUCUAAUUGAUGAGCCCAUCUUCGCAUUCUACCUGACUAACAAUUCCGCUAAUGGUCUAUCUGCUAAUGGUGGUGAGCUCACGCUCGGUGGCUACGAUUCUACAUAUUAUAUUGGUGAAAUAACUUAUACACCAGUUACUCAAGAAGGCUAUUGGCAAUUCAAUGUGGAUUCGAUUAUUGUUGGUAGUACACCCAUAUGCUACAGUUGUACGGCGAUUGCUGAUUCUGGCACAAGUCUGUUAGCUGUACCGACCGCACUUUACACAACUGUACAGAAUACUCUUGGUGCUAUAUUGAAUGAAGAUGGUCUGUAUGUGUUCGAUUGUACACAAACAAAUAAUCUGCCGGUAGUUUCGUUCAAAAUCGCUGGAACCAUCUUUACUUUAGAUAGCAGUAAUUAUGUUUACGAAAUGGAGGGAAAUUAUGGCAAUAUAUUAUGUGUGUCGGCUUUCGAGGAUGCCAGCGUUAAUCUGUGGAUUCUUGGCGAUGUCUUCAUUAUGAAAUACUAUGCAAUCUUCGAUAUGGGCAAUAAUCAAGUCGGUUUCGCAACCGCUGUUAGUAAUUCCAGCAAUGUACAGCAAGUAGGAGGCGGUGCUUUAAAUUUGAGCCCUAACUUAUUGGGUAUCCUAAUACCUGUUCUAUUUGCUUUCUGCAGACUGUGGUUUUAAAGCAUAAUUGAACGUUGCACGUGACUUAUAUACAUAUGUUAUAUACAUAUCUAUUAUAUAUACUAUAUUAUAAAACAAGAGUGGUGUAUAGCAAUUAAAGUCUCAAUUAUGUAUUGCGACAUCGUUUUAUUUAAUUGUGUAAAUGUAAAUAUAAAUGUCAAUGUUAUAUGUUAAGCCUAUGCAUUUAUAUAUACGAGUAUGUAUGUAUGUAUAUGGCGCUAUUAUAACUUCGUUUUCAACGAAGCCUUAGCUUGCAUUUCAA